AUGUGGUGCCUCCUUAUGCUGCUCUGCUGCCAAGGAAUCGCCUCUUCAGCUGGAUUCUCCUCCGUUCUGAACUCAGAGGAAAUCCAGAAAAGGAAGUGUUUCGACCCUGAAUGCUUCAUGAACGUUAGUGAAAUUAUCAGAUAUCACGGGUAUCCCAGUGAGGAGUAUGAAGUUACUACUGAGGAUGGAUACAUUCUUCGUGUCUUCAGAAUUCCUGGUGGGAGGAACAGUCCCAACACAGGAACAAAGCCUGUAGUCUUUCUACACCAUGGUACUGUAGGAGAUGCUAUUCACUGGAUUUCUAACCUGCCCAGCAACAGCCUGGCAUUCAUCCUAGCAGAUGCUGGCUACGACGUCUGGAUUGGAAAUAGCCGAGGGAACACUUGGUCUUUAAGGCACAGGACCCUUAAACCAUGCCAGAAAGCGUUCUGGAAGUACAGCUUUCACGAGAUAGGUAAAUAUGAUCUGCCAGCAGAGCUGUACUUCACCAUGAAUAAAACCGGACAGAUGCAACUCUAUUACAUUGGCCACUCAGAAGCUUCAGCCGCAGCUUUCGUAGCCUUUUCUACUUAUCCUGAGCUGGCUCAGAGGAUCAAAGUGUUCUUUGCUUUUGGACCAGUAGCCACACUUACACAUGCUUCCAGUCCUGUGACUACAUUUCUAGGUCUUCCUCAAGCAAUUAUCAGGUUAACACUUGGCUGCAAAGGAGUCUUUCACCAGAAUGAACUGCUGAAAAGGCCUCUAAUACUGUUUUGUAAAUCUUUUGGAAAAGCCUGUGCAGGUAUCCUGGCUUACAUAGCUGGGGGCAGGACAGGAAAUCUGAACGCGAGUCGAAUAGAUGUAUACGUAACACAUUGCCCAGCUGGGACUUCAGUUCAGAACAUCCUUCAUUGGCAUCAGCUAAUACUUGCAAACCGAUUUCAAGCUUAUGACUAUGGCACCAAGGAAAAUAUGAAGAAAUACAACCAGGCCACUCCUCCUGCAUAUGAGAUAGAGAAGAUUAACACACCAAUUGCUCUUUGGAGUGGUGGACGCGACAAGUUUGCAGAUCCAAAUGACAUGGGAAGGCUACUUCCUCGCAUCAAAAACCUCAUUUACUAUGACAAUUUUCCUGACUGGGGACACCUAGAUUUCAUCUGGGGCGUGGAUGCACCUAAGAAAAUGUACUGGAAAAUCAUUGAACUAAUAAGAAAAAACCCUUAA